AUGUCCGCCCCGCCGACGGACGCGUCCCGCCGCCGCCGCGUUUCCCCGCCGCCGCCGUUCCCACCGCGGGCCUGCUCGGCCCAGGCACGGCCCGUCCGAGCCCAUCGGGACCCGAGCCGCCCCAAGCGCGCCGCCGCUCGCCUCCAAUCUCCCGUCGGAGCUUCGCCGCCCGCUCGCCGGCCUCCCGCGCUGCCGGGCUCCCUCCGCCGCUGCCGGCAUGCCCCGCCCCGCCGUCGACCACCGCCGCCCGACCUCGCCUCACCACCGCCGCCGGGCUCCGCCCCGCGCCCCGCCGGCGUCCCGCCCCGCUCCGCCCGCCGCCUCCUUCUCGCCGGUGCACGCCGCCGCCUUCCGCGCCGGGCGCCGCCCAGAGCUCGCCUCCCCUCGCGCCGCCAUGCCCCGCUCGUCGCCGGUGCUCCUCCGGUGAGAGCUCCGGCCGGAUCCGGGUAG